UAUGGAGAACUUGGUGGCUGGUUCCACCCUUCCUCCGCUUUUUGUAGAUGAAGAUGGAUCUAAGGAAGGUAGUGAAAUUACUGUUACUGGAUUAGCUCAUUCUGAGAGUUCAUUCAGUGGUGGAACUUCACAGUCUGUGAAUAACCCAGAUUCAGUGGAGGAUUUAUCACAGGGUCAACAGCUGCAAAAUGAGUCCUCUAAUACUGCUGAAAACACAGAGCAGAAGCCUGAGGAGGAGCAGCAAAGAACUAAACGAGGAGGCUGGGCCAAAGGGAGAAAGAGGAAGAAACCCCUUAGGGACACCAAUGCCCCCAAAUCUCCCCUCACAGGGUAUGUGCGAUUCAUGAAUGAGCGUAGAGAGCAGCUUCGAGCGAAGAGGCCUGAAGUCCCUUUCCCAGAGAUCACCAGGAUGCUGGGCAAUGAAUGGAGUAAACUGCCUCCUGAGGAGAAACGGCGAUACCUUGAUGAAGCAGACAGAGAUAAGGAGCGUUAUAUGCGGGAGCUGGAGCAGUAUCAGAAGACUGAAGCCUACAAAGUCUUUAGCAGGAAAGCACAGGACAGACAAAAAGGCAAAUCACACAGACAAGAUGGAGCAAGACAGCCAGCCCAUGAUCAUGAGAAGGAAGCAGAUACAAAGGAGAGAUCUGUUUUUGAUAUUCCAAUCUUCACGGAAGAGUUCCUGAAUCAUAGUAAAG